AUGUCGAAUGUCCUGCUUCUGAGAGCUGCCAAUCAAGACAGCCCAGAUCGAUAUGAGGAUGCUUUCAGGUCUCGCGGAUACCAUCCAAUAUCAGUUCCGGUACUAGAAAGCGUCACAGUUGGCUGCGAGGAGCUAGCACGCAGAUUGAGCAUCGGUCCAGAGAAGCAGAGCCUGUCCGGAGUUAUAAUCACGAGCCAGCGAGCCGUCGAGGCAUGGUCCGAGGCGGCUCAAGCAUUGAUCAUUGCUGAUAGCAACAUGCCUCUCAAGCCCGAAUCUGACUGGUGGUCUGUGCCGUUCUAUGCAGUUGGAGAAGCUACAUCGGUCGCGCUUCGUGAUCUUUCCGAGAAGAUACCCCUGUAUACACCCAGAGAUAUUCGAGGUGGCUCAGAGACGGGGACUGCGGAACGCCUUGCAGGAUUCAUACUCAAGGAUCUUCCCUCGGAUGGAACAAGCAAAAAACUUCUCUACCUCACUGGAGACAAAAAUCGUGACAUAUUACCGAGGAUUCUGGAGUCGGAUGGUGUUACUUUAGACUCACUCCAGGUCUAUGCCACACAAGGCUCAUCCAUGUUCCCUCACGAUUUAUCGCUUGCCUUGGAACAUCAGGGAUUAUCCUGGGGAUGGAUCGUCUACUUCGCCCCUUCAGUAGCUGAGUUUGUGACGCCAAUCCUACGGAAUCACUUCACCCUACCUGCGGUCAAUUCGAGCAUAGAGGAUUAUUCCCGACUUUCAGAACAUCAUCACGUCAAAGUUGCUGCGAUAGGACCUACUACGGAGUCCUUUCUUCAACAAAUUUUGAAGCUGUCGGUGGCAGUAACCGCGAGAAAUCCCAAGCCGGAUGAUCUAGCUGAUGGAGUCCUUCAACACGAUGAAGCACAAUAA